AUGAGACUUCACUGGAACCAUUGGACGACCUUUUUCUUCUUCUUCUUCUUUUUUGCCGCAACAACAACGCUAUGUGCCGCUCAAGAAGAACACAACAACAAUAAUUCUACACAAGAAGAAAAUGCACAAGCCAAAUUACAGCGAGCUCUCGCUCUCGUCCAGCAAAUGCCCUCAUGUGCACAAACGUGUUUGGUCCAAGCAGUUGCGGCUUCAGGGGCCACGGCGGGAAAUAUCGACAUCGCUGCUAGUUGUACCAAUACUACUGCCACGGCGGGUAUUGAGGAGUGUGCUACUACGACAUGUACUCUUCGAGAGCAGUUGAAAGCCAAAAAUCUCACAGAAACACUCUGUGAACGCCCCCCACACUCCGCACCGACAUAUUCCAUCGCCAGCAUCGUCGGCGGCGGAUUUGUUCUCGUGGCAUAUUUCAUGCGAGUAGCUUCCAAAAUCUAUUUUCCUUGUCAAAAGGGAGCGAGGAUCGAUAAUGAUUUUUGGUGGGAUGAUGCUACGAUUACGAUUGCUUUUUUGCUCAUUAUCCCUAUUACGGCUCUCUCGAAUGUAUUGACCCAAUUAGGAAUUGGAAGAGAUGUUUGGACUUUGACUCCCGAGAAUAUCGAAAAAGCUUUAAAGAUGUACUACGUCGACGAAAUCCUCUACAUGCUGGUAAUGCCCAUCAUCAAAAUCGCCAUUUUAUGCACCUAUCUCCGCAUCUUCACCAACAUCAAAUUCAAACGACUCGUCUACGGCACCAUUGGCUUAAACGUAGCCUACGCGAUUGCUUUUUCCCUCAUUACGAUUUUUCAAUGCACGCCUGUCAAGAAUGCAUGGGAAAACUGGGAUAAAAGUCUUCCGGGUCGAUGCAACAAUAUUAAUGCGCAAUCUUGGGCUUCUGCCGGUUGGAAUAUUGUUCUGGAUCUGGUGGUGGUGAUUCUUCCGAUGCCGAUGCUUUGGAGGAUGAAUUUGAAUCCGAGAAAGAAGUUUUUGGUGAUGCUCAUGUUUGGCGUGGGAUUCUUCGUCACAUUCGUCUCAAUCCUCCGCCUCCGACUCCUAGUCAAAUUCGGCGAAUCAAAAAACAUCUCCUACGACUACAAACAAUUCGGCUACUGGACCGUCAUAGAAAUCGACACCGCCCUCGUCUGCGCCUGCAUGCCGGGAAUCCGCAAUCUGAUCCGCCGCGCAUUUCCCCGACUCAUGGGGCAAUCGAUGGGAGGAACCAGCGCGCUCGGAACUCCCAUCCAUGGCCUCUCGGGACGCACUGUUGUCGGCAGUGGAGUGGAUAAAAAUGGGACGGAAGUUUUUGUGAGACCGAGACAUAGUGAUGAUGGGAAUUUUAUUCCGUUGGAAAAUGUUAGUGAGAGGUGUUUGAAUGAGAUGGGGCAGCAGCAUGAGAGGCGGCAUCAGAGGCAUGAUUCUGAUGCUGGAGAGGAGGAGGAAGAAGAUGUUGGUCACGGAGAGGCUGUUGUGGAUCGUAGUAUGAAUCAUGCGAGGAAUUUCUCGAGACCCGUGUCGCCGCCUGAGUCGGCUUGGCAGGAGUGGAAUGGAGAGAAAGGGGGACGUGUGGUUCCGCAUUCACCGGCUUAA